UAGCAACACAUACAACAAUGGCGAAGGAGCUUACAGUUGGGUUUCGCUUCUAUCCCACGGAAGACGAACUGAUUGCGUUCUACCUAAGAAACCAGCUCGAAGGAAGGAGUGGUGACACAAUACACCGUGUCAUCCCAGUUCUGGAUGUCUUUGAGGUCGAGCCUAGUCAUCUUCCAAAUAUUGCGGGAGAUAGAUGUCGAGGAGAUGCUGAGCAAUGGUUCUUCUUCGUGCCAAGACAAGAACGCGAAGCAAGAGGAGGCAGACCGAGCAGAACCACUGGUUCAGGGUACUGGAAAGCAACUGGAUCACCUGGUCCAGUCUUUUCGAAAGAUAACCGAAUGAUUGGAGUCAAGAAAACUAUGGUUUUCUACACUGGAAAAGCACCAACAGGAAGAAAAACAAAAUGGAAGAUGAAUGAAUACAAAGCCGUUGAUGAAACGUUCAACGUUUCCAUAGUCCCCAAGUUGAGACAUGAAUUCAGCUUAUGUCGGGUCUACGUAACAUCAGGAAACUCAAGAGCUUUUGAUAGACGCCCAAUGGGAAUUUUUCAGGCAGAGAGAAUGCUUACACGUGAUGUUGCAGUUGGUGAGAGAUCAGUUCGCGUGGAAAGCUCACCAGAAGCUUCGAUGUCAGGAGGACAUGGUUAUCUCUUUGUGAAUGGUGAGAUGGUCGAUGGUUUAACUGAACCAAUUUGGGAAUGGGAACAGCUGAGUUGGCCUUGAAGCUUGCGAGAUUCAUAAUCAAGUAAAUUGAAGUUACGUACUGAUUUUUUUUUUGUCACAAAAAAAGUUACGUACAUUAUUACGUAGUUGAAUUUAUGACCAGAAAGAUUAUUUUUUUGAGCAAUAAUUUGAGCAAGA